AUGCCACAUCGUAUGCGCAAGAUUGUAUCGAGAUGUCGACCACCAUUCAUUAGAAGACGUCAUAAACGAUAUACAGUUGAUAUUACUCAUGAUUGCCCAAAUAACAACAUUGAUAAUAAUUCUAAUUCAAAUACUACCGAUAAUGUUUAUUCAACGGAUGAUUGGGGUCCACAUGUAAUAUCUUCACCGCAAUUAGCAGUCAAUUCUACAAAUAACGAUCUCGAUAAUCAAUCUGUUUCAUCAACGCCGACUAAUUCAGCAAUAUUUAAAACAAUGCAAAAUACAGCUAGUUCAUCAAAUUUAAGUACUAUUGGUACUGGUAUUGUACCACCAGCAAUGCACACUCAACAAUCGCAAUAUAUGCAAUCAACAACACCAUUAGCUGUCAAUGGAAAAGAUGAAAUACGUGGAUGGUUAUAUAAAUGGACGAAUUAUUUAAAAGGUUAUCAAAAACGUUGGUUUGUAUUACAAUC